AUGAAAGCUAAAAGUGAAGCUGGAAAACCCCCACGCCAAAGCGAAUCUCCUAGAUCUUUCAGAUAUACUGGGGGUAUAUUCAGGAAAGCAUAUAAGAAAAACGACCUUGACGCUGAAGACAUUUAUGAAGUGUUGGAAAGGUGCAACUCGAAAAAAUGUGGAGACAAACUGGAAAAACUGUGGAUUUCUGGAGCGGCCAAAAACAAACCUCCUUCAAUUUACGAACUUAUCUGGCAAGGAUACGGUAGAAAAUAUCUGCUCUGGGGAUGCGCCGAAAUGACUUGGGUGAUUUUCAAAAUCAUUAUGGAGCCAGACUCCGUCAGUAAACUAGUUUCUUACUUCAACCCUGGCCAAACAGAACUAACUAAAUUUGAUGCCUACUACUAUGCAGCUCUGAUUUUGUUCCUAAAUAUAGCCAACUCAAUUUUCUACCACAAUUACGACCUGAUUCUACUCCUGAUUGGAUUCGAGAUGAAAGCAGCUUUCUCCUCUCUGCUAUAUCGAAAGUCUUUGAAACUGACUCCUGAGUCGUUAGCAGAAGUAACAGUGGGAAAUCUCAUGACACUGAUCACGAAAGAUGUUCACAUGUUUGCCACGCAGAUGCUGUUUGUCGUGAAUGACAUUCUUGUUGGUACUGUGCAAACUUGCAUUGCUUGUUAUCUGCUCUACUCUAAAAUUGGGUACUUAUCAUUUAUUGGAACUGGUGUUUUCCUCAGUGCUAUACCAUUACAAGUAUAUAUUGGAAAAUAUAUCACUAAGCUGAGACUGGAAACUGGAGAAAAAACUGACGAAAGACUACAAGUAACUCAAGAAGUACUUUCUACCAUAAAAACUAUUAAAAUGUAUACGUGGGAACAAUAUUUCAAAGAGAAAAUCAAUCAAGCACGACGCAAGGAAAUGAGAAAAACUCUACUAGGAUUCUUUUUGAAAUACCUUCUAAUCGUUAUUGGAAUUCUGGUUUCCAAGCUUGGAUUCUACCUGCUUCUGAUGUCCUACAUUUGGAUGGGUUAUCCAACUGACGCAACAAUUGUUUUUUAUAUUCUGUCCAAUUUCAACUCAUUGAAACACUUUCUUGGGUAUCUAUUGCCGGUGAGUAUUGGAGUCGUAGCACAGGCCAUUUCGUCUUUAACCAGAAUCGACAAAGUCAUACAAUUGGCAAAAUAUCCUGACAGAACUGUCACAGUCCAAUCUUCAGCUUCAGUAUCUCCGCUGGUAGAACUGAAGCAGGCAUUUGUUAGAAUUGGGCAGAAGGAAAUUUUGAGCAAUAUCACCUUCAAUGCUACAUCAGGAUUAACAGUUGUAACUGGAGCUCUUGGUUCUGGCAAGAGCUCCCUGCUUAAAGCCAUUUUAAGAGAUUACCCAUUGACGAAUGGCAAAUUGUUCACCAGGGGUCUAAUUUCCUAUGCAUCUCAGGAUCCAUGGCUAUUUCCAUCCACUAUUAGGCAGAAUAUCAUCUUUGGACAACAAUUCAAUAAGGACAGAUAUCAAGACGUAAUAAGAGUUUGCGCUUUGAGUUACGACUUCAGUUUAUUCGACAAAGGAGAUGAAACCAUUGUUUGCGAUAGAGGGAUGAAUCUGAGCAAAGGACAACAAGCAAGAGUCAACCUAGCCAGAGCGGUUUAUAAAGACAGUGAGAUUUAUCUACUCGACGAUUCUUUGUCAGCUCUAGACCCUCAUGUGCGUGACUACAUCUUCAAAGAAUGCGUCGUGAAAUAUUUGAAAGAUAAAACUUGCAUCCUUGUUAGUCAGACAAUUGACCAUAUACAAAGAAGUAAUAAUGUAAUUGUUAUGGAAAAGGGUUCGAUAAAGGAAAUCGCGAAAGACUGUGGAAAUCGUAUUCAUGGAAUACACAAAGCAGCUUCAAAUAUUGACUUGGAAAAUGACUCUAACGAUGAUGAUACAGAUAGAAAGAUUGUAGAAACAGAUGUCACAAGGAGAGAAAUCUAUAGCGAAUUCAAGAAGAAAGGAAAAGUAGAUAUCAUGGUUUAUAAGAAAUAUAUUGUGUUUGGAGGAGGAGUUUUACUUCUAUUAUUGAAUGUAAUUUUAGUGGGAUUAGCCCAAGGUUCAGAAAGUUAUUCUGACAAAUUACUCACUAAGUGGGUUGACGAAAAACAACACGUCCUCGACAUGAAAGCUGCACCAUCACUAAACAAUAAUGCCACAUUCAGUUUCAUCGAUUAUAUAAAAGAACUGAAGGAUGCUGAAUCACAAGAGCAAAGCACUUUCAAUAUCUAUACUAUCAUGAUGAUUGCCUCAACGAUACUGGCGCUUACAAAAACCUACGUCUUGUUGGAUUUCUGCAGAAGAGCUUCUGUCAACAUACAUAAAGCGAUGGUAGAAAAUGUUGUUAGUGCACUGAUGUCAUUUUUCGAUUCUCACUUCAUUGGAAACAUUCUCAAUAGAUUCUCUAGAGAUCUACUCAAUAUUGACGAGCCACUACCAUUUGCCUUAACUGGAUGUUUCGCGAAUAUAUUUUCCUUAAUAGGAAUCAUGAUUCUCAUAGCAACAGUCAACUCAAUUUUCCUUCUGUAUGCAUUUAUUGUUUUUUGCUUGCUUCUGGUGACAGGCAAGUGUUACCUUCCAGCUGGUCGAAGUUUGAAGAGAUUAGAGGCAAUUACUCGUAGUCCUAUGAUUGGUCAUCUCAAUUCAACCAUAGAAGGUCUAACAACAAUAAGAUCGUAUAGUGCUCAAGCCAUUCUAACGGAGGAAUUUGAUAAACACCAAGAUCUGCAUACAUCAGCACAAUUAAUGUCAAUCUGUUCGAUGAGAGGAUUCACUUUCUUCAUGGAUGCACUGUGCUCUUUAUUCACUGUUCUGGUAGUGAUGAAGUUCAUAAUUUUUGAUGAAGGUACAAGUGCUGGUAAUGUAGGGCUUGCUCUCACCCAAAUAUUCACUUUGGGAGGUACCAUUCAAGGUGGCGUAAGACAAUGGACAGAGCUGGAAAAUCUAAUGACGUCAGCCGAACGGGUUCUUGAAUACACUCAGAUCAAAACAGAGCCACAGGGAGGAAGAACAAUAAAGCAAUGGCCAAAAAAUGGGGCAGUAGAAUUCGAUAAUGUUUCUCUGGCAUAUAACAGCAAGGAAAUUGUUCUGAAGAACUUGACUUUUGACGUAGCACCUCUUCAAAAAAUAGGAAUAGUGGGAAGAACGGGUGCAGGGAAAUCAUCAAUAGUAUCAACGCUUUUCAGACUUUACGAAAUCGACGGGAAAGUACUGAUUGAUGACGUUGAUAUAAAUACGUUGUCUUUGAAAUUUCUAAGAGGGAAAAUAGGUAUAAUACCCCAAGAUCCCAUCCUAUUUUCUGGAACUAUCCGAUCCAAUCUAGAUCCCUUUGGAGAUUUCACCGACCGAGAAUUGUGGAACGUUUUGAUGAGAGUGGGUCUGGAUAUCUGUGCUAAUUUAGACACACAAGUAGCAAUUGACGGAUCUACAUUCAGUUCCGGACAGAAACAACUGAUUUGCUUAGCUAGAGCAAUGUUACGCAGCACCAGGAUACUCAUUCUUGAUGAAGCGUCUGCUAAUAUUGAUCGUGAUACAGAAAUUGUGCUAGAAAAGAUCAUAGAAGAGAACUUUUCGAAAUGCACUAUUUUCAAGAUUGCUCACAGGAUACCAUCGAUCCUAAGGUGUGAUAAAGUUUUGGUGCUCGAUGCAGGUGAAUUGAAAGAGUUUGAUAGUCCUCUGGCAUUGCUGGAAAACAAAAACGGGUUAUUUUAUAACAUGGUAAAUCAAGCAGGUCUUUUGGAUCAUAUUGCUUUAUGAUAGUCUCUAAUAAAACCUUUUCAAUAGAGGCAAACAAUGCAUUUCCUAAAUUUUCUAUUCAAGUAAUAUAUGACCAUUAAAAAGUUUCUAAAUAUUUUGAA